AUGAGAACCAGCACGCUUUUCACUCUAGCUACCUCCAUCGCCGCCGUCGCGGCCGCUGACUGCGCUGCUCCCGGUGACUACGACGCCCAGGGCCGUUACUCUUGCAACCCGGCGCACCAGUACCCCAACGGCCAGCAGUGCAAGGACAUUAAUGGAUGCCCGCUCCUGGCUGACGCCACCGGCCGGCCCAUCGUCAAGAGCCAGACCACCUCCAGCGCACCAGCGCCUACUGGCGCAUGCGCCGCCCCCGGCGAUUAUGACGCUCAGGGCCGCUACUCGUGCAACCCGGCGCACCAGUACCCCAACGGUCAGAGCUGCAAGACUGUUGACGGCUGCCCCCUGCUUGUCGACGCCAAUGGAAACGCAAUUGUGAAGGGCCAGACCGGCAGCUCAACCACCUGCGACGGACCGGCGCCUACCGGCGCCUGCGCCGCUCCGGGUGAGCGUGAUAGCAAGGGCCGCUACUCUUGUAACCCUGCGCACCAGUACCCUAACGGUCAGAGCUGCGUUCAGAUUGACGGCUGUUACGUUCUCUGUGAAGGCAACAACACGCUAGUUACCACCACUGGCACUGGCACCGGCAGCCCGCAGCCGACUGGCACCGGCAGCUGCGCCGCCCCCGGCGAUUAUGACGCUCAGGGCCGCUACUCGUGCAACCCGGCGCACCAGUACCCCAACGGUCAGAGCUGCAAGACUGUUGACGGCUGCCCCCUGCUUGUCGACGCCAAUGGAAACGCAAUUGUGAAGGGCCAGACCGGCAGCUCAACCACCUGCGACGGACCGGCGCCUACCGGCGCCUGCGCCGCUCCGGGUGAGCGUGAUAGCAAGGGCCGCUACUCUUGUAACCCUGCGCACCAGUACCCUAACGGUCAGAGCUGCGUUCAGAUUGACGGCUGUUACGUUCUCUGUGAAGGCAACAACACGCUAGUUACCACCACUGGCACUGGCACCGGCAGCCCGCAGCCGACUGGCACCGGCAGCUGCGCCGCCCCCGGCGAUUAUGACGCUCAGGGCCGCUACUCGUGCAACCCGGCGCACCAGUACCCCAACGGUCAGAGCUGCAAGACUGUUGAUGGCUGCCCCCUGCUUGUCGACGCCACUGGUAACCCUAUUACUAAGAACGGUGGUGGCUCCACGACUGGCUCCCCCGUCCCUGUCGUCACUGGUGCCGCUACAAAGGUCCAAGGCGGUAUUAUCGCUGUUGCUGUAGCUGUUGCUGCUCUCCUGUAG